GCUCGCGUUGGCAACAAUGUUCCCAAGAAGCCGCCAUCUCGUGUUGUAUCGAAAAUGUGGAGGGUCGCUUUUGUACAAUGUUCUAAUGUAAGGGGCGAUGUAUUGAAAACUUUACUUCUCCCGUAAUCCUGAUAGUAUUGUGUAUAGAUAUCAGAUAUGUGGCAACAGUGGAGCGCAACACAGCCAGUAAUUCCAACAGCAGGACAAACUUAUGUGCCAAGCUUGGGCGUCGUAGGGACAUUAGGAUGGCCGGCGACGCAGGCUUACGCCUGGCCGCAGACGUGGACUUCUUCCCCAACAACAGGUGCAGCGACUGCACCGGCAAAUUCUGCCACAGGGACAUCGGAAAGUGUGGCCACAACGGCCACGACUCAAUCCAACACAGACACUACCCCAGUAAUUUCUCAAAGCACAGGAAGCAGCGCACCUCCAGCAACGGCUGCAAAUGGCACAAACCCUGCCAGUGAUGUAACGCAGGCCACUGCCACCGGGGAUCAACUGCAGCAACUCAAGACUCAAGCGCAAGCUUGGCAACAGGUGCAUGCUCAGGCAUGGUCAGCAUAUGCUCAACAAUGGGCUGCCCAAGGCUGGCCAACUGGCUACGAGGCCUAUGCUGCCCAGAUGACAACUGCAGCAGCACAGCCCUUGUCAGCUCCAAUGAUGCUUGGAACGACGGCUGCUCCUACCAUGGACGCAGACGACGUUGAUUUUGAUAAGCAGUUCAAAGAAUGGGAGGCAAGCUUUGAGACCUGGCUGUCUCAGAAUCGGAACCACCCCGACCAAGAAGCCUUCGCGCGCUACGAGAAGCAGUGGAAGGAAUGGCGUCAACAACUCCUGGAGCGGAAGCAGCAGAUGAGGCAGCAACGAGCCAUGGCAGCUGCCGCCGCUCACGUCUCAGCAGCCAUGCCAACAAUGCAAGUUUCUCAACCACAGUCACUUCAUUCUACCACCAUGACAUCCAUGCAGUCCCCUGCUCAAGGCAUGAAUCCUGCACCGACCAUGACAUCAAUGCCUCACAUGAACCAAGGUCAGAUGCCGCACAUGAGUCAGGGCCAAAUGCCACCACCCAUCAUGGGUCAGAGUCAGAUGCCGCCCAUGGGCCAGAACCAGAUGUCACUCAUGAAUCAAAACCAGAUGCAGCACAUGGGACAGAACCAGAUGCAAGCUAUGGGCCAAAACCAGAUGCCGCCCACUCACAUGCCCGGCCAGCCUUACGGCCAGCCACACAACAUGCAGCAGCCCAUGCACAGUAUGGGUCAGCCCCAGAGUCACCCACCCCAUUCCGACGCUCAGAACCAGCGUCUCCAGUCUCAGCAGCAUCCUCAGCAAUUUUCGGAACAACAACACCCGCCUCCUCAUUUUCAUGCACCUCCCCCGCAGAGGGGGCGCGGACAAACGGAAGUGAACCGCUGGUUGCCCAGGGGACCCAGGAGGGGCGGCAUGGGACGAGGAGGCCCCCCCCAGCACGAUAACUUCCAACACACCCAGGAGGAGCCUCUGCAGAAUGACAACACAUCGGAGCAGUAUGGUGAACACACAGAUGAGGCUGGUCCUCAUGAUAUGUACAGUGGACCCCCGGGACGUGGAAGAGGACCAUGGAGAGGACGUCCCCCUUUCCGAGGGCGGCCCCCGUAUCGGGGCGGACCUCCGCGCCAGUUUCCUCCUCCACCGCAUCACGAGGAGAAUUACGAUGAAUCGUACGGAGAGGAAGACUGGGAAGAACCAACAGAGCAUUGGGGAGCAGAAGGAGGAGGAAUGCGAGGUGACCCUCGUGGUGGACAUCGUGGGGGUUUCAGGGGCGACCCUCGUGGAGGGUUCAGGGGUGAGCCUCGUGGUGGAUUCAGGGGAGAGCCUCGUGGUGGAUUUAGGGGCGAACCUCGUGGUGGAUUCAGAGGCGAGCCUCGCGGCGGGUUCAGGGGCGAACCUCGGGGUGGAUUCAGGGGCGAACCUCGGGGUGGAUUCAGGGGUGAACUUCGUGGUGGAUUCAGGGGUGAGCCUCGCGGUGGAUUCAUGGGCGAGCCUCGUGGUGGGUUCAUGGGUGAACGAGGGGGCUUUCGCGGUGCUCCUCGUGGUGAGUUUCGAGGAGGGCCUCGUGGCGGCCCUCCAUUCCGCGGCGGGAGGUGGCCCCCACCUGGUUCCUGGGGCCCUCCGAGGGAAGACCACCCUCACUGGGGUGGUGAGCAGGACGACGACUGGGGCGGCCCCCCUGAGAAGCGGUGGAGGGGACCAGAGGCUGGUCCUCCCCCCAUGAUGCACGACGAAGAGUGGGAUGCUGAGAGGGCAAACAUGGAAGCAGAGGCGGAGGCGGAGUGGGCCCUUGAAGAAAAGGAGGCCGAGCAAAAGUGGAACUCCGGCGGGGCCACUUUUGAGUCCUCGAAGGAACCGACCGAAGCGGAACAGCAAGGGACAGAAGAGGACCAGGACAACGUUCCUCCAGAGAAGGAACCCGAGUUGUCUCCCGUGAAAAGAUUGGAGCCACCUCCUGGUGGGAACUUGGAAGAGAAAAGUGGUCCCCCUCCACCACCUCAUGCUCUCAUCAAAAAAGGACCUGAGACUGCUCCACCUUCUCAGACGAAGGAAGAAACAGCAGCGCCUAAGGCAUGCUCACCUGUGAAGAAGGAAAGUGUUCCUGAGAGAACUCCCACACCCACUUCACACCCACCGGUUGAAGAUGGCAUAGCAAAGAAACUCAUGAGCUUAGCUAGUGAAGGAAUGCCAAAGCCUAGUACGGACGAAGGCGAGCAUCCGGAGCGAGGCCCAUUCGAAGGUCAUGGCCGCGGAGAACCCAGGUUCGGGCCUCCAGGUCGGGGGAUGCCUCCACCUCCACGAGGUAUGCGAGGUAGGGGGCGAGGAGGUGGCUUUCCGGAUCCAUACGCGGAAGGAAAUUGGCCGGAGCGCGACGACAGGCGGCGCCCUCCACCGUGGGAUGAUUUUGCAGACGACGACUAUCCCGGAUGGGACGAAGACCCGUGGAGGGGACGUCCCAGAGAACCGCCGUUUCCUAGAAGGGACGACCGAGACUUUCCUCCGCCUCGUGUUCCCUACGAGCGUGACUACGAUGAAUGGGACGGCUAUGGUCCGGGACGACCAUGGGGCCCUCCCAUGCGAGGUGGACCUCCCGGCAGAUUCCCACGGGACCCAUGGGGUGGCCCCGAAGAGAGAGGUCCACCUCCACGUUGGCCUCCCCCACCGGGAGCACGAAUGCCACCUCGGCCCCCCGAUGGCAUGACCUCGCCGCCUCCGCCGUUUGUUGGAGAACGGGCACAGGACGAAAGCAAGUGGGAGAAAGAGCGCGAAGUCAUUGACUACGGUCAUAGGCACGCCUCUGGUGGUGCGCAGGAGACACCUGGAGUUAAAUUCGAGGCCUUCGACUAUGGACAUGGGAAGCAAGAAGAUAAGCCAGAGCCUAAAGUCCUGGACUACGGCCAUGGCGGAGACUCAGACAGCCGUCCACAAGGCAAGACAGGAGCUCCUGCCUCCGUAAAGGACUAUGGACACGGAGGGCAGGAGAGGGACAGGGACAGGGAAUUGCACCCCUGGAGGGGCACCCCUCCGCACAGAGGCGACCACCCCGACAGAAACCAUUCCUCAGACUCUAGAAGAGACAGGGAAAGAGAGAGGUACCCAGAGAAGGGCAAAAGCAAAUCAAAUGACAGGGACAGCAGAUAUUCCUCUGAAAGUGCUUCGCCUAGCAGGAAGAAACCAGAAACGGUUGCCAUCAAGGACCUGCUGCUUCCUCCUGGGCGGGAGAAACGCCCGCCUUAUAUGGUCAUCAUCCUCAGGGGACCCCCAGGCUCAGGGAAAUCGCAGGUGGCCAAACUUAUUAAGGAUAAAGAGGUGGAGAACGGUGGGACAGCGCCCAGAAUACUGUGCCUCGACGAUUAUUUCAUGGUGGAAACCGAGAGGACAGUCACUGACCCAGAAACGGGUAAAAAGGUCAAACUAAAGGAAUUUGAAUACGAGUACGAAGCUGAGAUGGAGGAUGCUUAUCGAAGCAGCCUGCUGAAGUCUUUCAAGAAAACUGUGGAUGGUCGACUCUUCCCCUUCAUUAUAGUGGACGCUGUCUUAGGAAAAACGAGGCAACUUGAAGAGUUCAAUUGCCAUGCGAAGCAAAAUGCAUUCCAGGUGUAUGUUGCUCAAAUGGACUGCAUGGACCCAGCACUUUGCCACAAACAUAGCACUCAUGGCAGAUCUUUAGAAGAUAUAACAAAGGUAAUCAAGAACUGGGAUUCUACACCCAGCAGUUAUGUGCAGCUUGACAUACGUUCACUUUUGCAAGAUGAUGCUAUUACCGAUGUGGAAAUGGAAGACUCGACGGAGACUCCAGAGGAAACAAAGGACGAGGGAGAGGAGGAGGUGGAAGAUGUCCACAAGCCAAGCAAAUGGGAAAUGAUGGAAGGGACAGGCGACCGUCUAUCGCGACUCGAUGGAUUGCGGACUCAGAAGCUGAAACAUGCUUCUAUGGAAGACUAUCUACAGCUACCUGAUGAUUAUGAGCAGAGGGAAAGCCAGCCCGGAAAGAAGAGGGUGAGGUGGGCUGAUAUCGAGGAGAGCAAGCACCAAGAAAGGGUGCGAGACAUCGGCUUUGUCGUUGGCCAAACAGACUGGUCAAAAUUUACGGACCCGAGCCAGGCGGAGAAGGCUCUCACCAAGACAAAGUACAUCUGAGACGAAGUGAAUCAUGGCUAUGUACAAGGGGGCAGCUAGUGAGGCUGGGAGAGCCAUGCACCUCAAGAAAAAGCGAGAGAAGGCUCUGGAGGAGCUGGAGCACAG